AUGGUCUCUUCAGUAGCUGAUUUACCUCCCCCUCUCUCCUUCGUCUGCAUAAUCGCCGUCCUCAUUGUAUACGUCAUAUGCUGCUACAUGGUCAUGGAUUUCCUAAGUCAAGAUGAAGAAGACCUCACACCUUUUGAUCAAGAUUCACCACAAACACCUGAUCACACCUCGUACUCCCAUUUCUCCGUUGAGGAGCUACAAGAGAUCACUUGUUUGUACCACGGAGCAAGGGCAAGCUGCUCCGUCUGUGCCAUCUGCCUGGAGAAUCUACAGCAGGCCGAGGUCUGCAGAGUCCUGCCGGCUUGUCGCCAUGAGUUUCAUGCGCAGUGCAUCGACCCUUGGCUGUCCAAGAGGCUCAACUGCCCCAUUUGUCGGGCACCGUGUAGGUUUAGGCAAAGUUUUCGUCGUUGA